AUGGGAUUCGUGCUCAUCGCCGGUGCCCAGUUCCCAUGGAUCAACAACCAGACACAGUACUACGCCGCCGAUCCGGAAGGCGGCGGCGGGUUCUGCUUGCUGACGAGCGACUACGCGCUCCCGAUGCUCUGGCUCAGCGACGUCCCGCCGGGCGGGGUCACCACCACCGUGACCAUCGACGUCCCCGACGCGUACGCCCUCGUGUUCAGCAACUGCCAGGGCGGCGUGGAGGUCACCAUGGACGUGCGCACCGAGAUGUACAACGUGCGCCGCGACGCCUCCGGCGGCGGGAUGAUCAGGGACUACCUCCCCGUCGGGCUGCAGCCGCUGCCGGGCAUCUACGCGGGCGUGGCGGCGGUGUACCUGGCGUUCCUGGCCGGGUGGGUGUGGACGUGCGUCCGGCAGCACGCCGCGACGGAGCGGAUCCACGCCGUGAUGGGCGCGCUGCUGCUGUUCAAGGCGCUCAAGUCGGCGUGCGCGGCCGAGGACACGUGGUUCAUCGCACGGCUGGGACGUCGCGUUCUACGUCUUCGGCUUCUUCAAGGGCAUCAUGCUCUUCACCGUCAUCGUCCUCAUCGGCACCGGCUGGUCCUUCCUCAAACCGUACCUCCAGUGAUGGAGAACCUGUUGAUGGUGGUGAUCGGCGAGACGGGCCCGACGCGGCGGGGCUGGAUCGCGUGGACCCGGGUCUUCCUGCUCAUCGACGUCAUCUGCUGCUGCGCCGUCAUCUUCCCCAUCCUCUGGUCCAUCCGGGGCCUGCGCGAGGCCGCCAGGACCGACGGCAAGGCGGCGCGCAACCUCAAGAAGCUCACGCUCUUGAAGCGCUUCUACCUGGUCGUCGUCGGCUACCUCUACUUCACCCGGAUCAUCGUGUCAGAGUUCCUCGCGCUGCUCAACUACAGGUACCGGUGGGGAGUCGACGUCGCAGUCGAGGGCGCCAGCUUCGCCUUCUACGUGUUCGUCUUCUACAACUUCAAGCCGGUGGAGAAGAACCCGUACUUGUACAUCGGCGACGAGGAGGAGGAGGAGGAGGUCGACGGUGGGCACCUCGAGACGGACGAUAGGGCUUUCUGA